AUCUCGUGACAAUGCCUGACAUAACGAAGCCAGCGCCCAAGAAGGGCUCCAAGAAAGCGGUGGCGAAGGCCCCCGGUAAGGGCGGAAAGAAGAGGAGAAAGUCCAGGAAGGAGAGCUACGCCAUCUACGUGUACAAGGUGCUGAAGCAGGUCCACCCCGACACUGGGAUCUCCUCCAAGGCCAUGGGCAUCAUGAACUCCUUCGUGAGCGACAUCUUCGAGCGCAUCGCCGGUGAGGCCUCUCGUCUGGCUCAUUACAACAAGCGCUCCACCAUCACCUCCAGGGAGAUUCAGACCGCCGUCCGCCUGCUGCUGCCCGGGGAGCUGGCUAAACACGCCGUGUCUGAGGGCACCAAGGCCGUGACCAAGUACACCAGCUCCAAGUAAACAACUGUGCGGAGACAUCAAACCAACGGCUCUUUUAAGAGCCACACACUUUCUCUAUGGAGACAAACUGUCCUGACUUUAACGAGAGGUCCAUCAAUAUUUAAUCAGCUGCUUUUAACUAAUAAUGUAGCCUUGGUAAAUAAAAUUGAAAAUAAUAAUCAUGUUGAAUACAUUCUAAUCACACUGCAUAACUUCUACAAUUGAAAAUAAUUGUUUUGAAAUCCAGUAGCAGUUUUCUACUGCAGGACGUGUUGUCCUCUCUCAAAUCAGUGAUUGUAACUCAUGAGGUGGUUUUUUUCCCCCCUGGUGGUGAUAAUUGUAUUUAUAAAUAAGCUUAUGAAAUCAUUGCUCCUCAGGGUCAGAGGGAUAGAUGUAUUGUUAGAACAAUGACUUCUAUUUCUCAGUGCUUUCUUAUCAUUCAUAUAUAUAUAUGGCGGGCUAUCUUCUAUGGCUAGGUGAAUAUAAUUUUGAUUGGUGGAACGCCACAUCCUCUCCAGCUGCUGUGAUGUCAGUUUUAAAACAGGUCUUUGAUUACUAAACCAUGGAGCUAAUCUCCUGAGCGUAAUUUACGUGUUGUUACCGACACAUGACUGUGACUUUAAUGUCUUUUACAGUAUUAUCAAGCUUGACAAAUAUACCUUUUUUGCGUAUUACUCUUUCUAUGUGAAUAUUGAGCAACAUUGAGUGAAAAACUGUGGUCAAACCAAUAUACAUUUCUCCCUUAGCCCUCCUGUUAUCCUCUAAUUGAAAUAAUUCUAAUUCUAAACAAAUUAUAAUAGCAAAUUGUAACUUAAGUGUAAUUUUCAAGUGGUUUUUUUUUUU